AUGCUCGGUUCUAUAUCCCUCUUUGCUCUACUGGCAACCUUUACGAGUGCCACAGCUAUCCCCACGAAGAGAUGGCCAGCACCAUCUCCUGCAUUGAGCCUGAAUCAAUGGGAUCAGGCAAUGUUCGACGUCUCCAUGCAGAUUGGCGAUUGGUCCUGGGAGCCUUCGACCGGAUGGAUUGAGUCGGAUGACGACAAUGGUCACACCAGCUCCCGGUUCACUUCUUGGUACGUUCCAGGACUGCUGCAUCGUAAUGCCACGGGAGAUCUGGAGAACGCCAUCUGGGCCAUUGAGAAUGUUAUCUCUGUCCAAUUCGACAAUGCCGAGUGGAUCGGUCAACCAUGGUACUGGGAUUAUAAGCAGGCCAGCGAUAUCCCCGCUCCGAACAACCAGACCUACCCUGCUUCCAUUUACAACACGUACGACCCCAACUGGGCUUUCUUCAUCGGCUUGCAAUUCGUCCAAAUCGUGUCCGAAUUCGAAGAGAUGCUCCCCCCUACCCUUGUCGAAUCCAUGGUCAACUCGACUUACAAGGCCGCUCGAAUGCUCAUGACCCGUGUCGGGUACGAUGGCGACAACCUGGUCACUGCGUACUCUAACCCGGCCAUUGGACGAGCCAUCGUUGUCGAAUGGGUCGGAGACAGACUUAACGACGCCAACCUGACAGCUGCUGGAAAUCAGUACGCUCAAGACAUCUACGACUUGUUCACUGCAAAUGGAUACAACACUCUUGGAGAAUACAACGUACCGACAUACUAUGGUAUCGAUGUUCUCGGACUUUGCUCUUGGAUUCGAUACGCUCCAUCAGGUAGCAAGCUUCCAGGAUAUGGCCAAUAUAUCCUUCAAAACCUUUGGGCCGACAUCGCCGAGCACUACAACUACAACCUCAAGAACAUGGUCGGACCGUAUGACCGAGUCUACCAUCGAAACAUGCUCAUCGACGAUUCGAUCAUCUCUCUCUUCUUCUGGCUCUUGAUCGGUCGCGAGAACGCGCCCGUCGCUCCUAUUGGAAUGGAAUCUACAACGUACGAUUUGCGCGAAGGUGUUGCUUUCGCUUUGGUCGGUCAGACACUCCGAGACAAUGUCAACGCUUCCACCGUCGCGCGACUGACGGAAUACCCCACCGAAGACAGAGAGUUCACUCGCUACAUUCGAGUCUCUCUUCACAAUGAUACCACCCGGGUCAAUACCGCUUGGAUCAACGAGAACGUCAUGGCGGGUGGACAGCAGGUCGCCGAAGAGGUUUCUCGAGGCAGUCAAUUCACGCCAAUGAUCGCGCACUGGAAAUCAGGGAACACAAGCAUGGCCAGCCGUCCUUUCGUCUCCUUCUUCCAGCAGUACGACACAACGACCUCAUACAACAACACGGUGACUGCCAACCAUAUCACCGUGUCCUAUCCCAACACCACUCAAUCCGGGACCGACAUGUUCAUGUUCCUCAUCGGUGAUAUUCCCGCUCCAUUCUACGCCGCAGGGGAGAUUAUGCACGGAUUCGACAACCUCCCCUGCCUAUCCGUCAACAUAACCAGCCAGGGUCUGAACGGAACAGUCGAUUACGGUGAUUACUGUGAUUUCUCCAUCCAAAGCAACUGCAUGUACCCUGUCACCUACUACGUCGACCCUGACUUCAAGGGCACGCCCACAAUGGAGUUUGACCUGACCUACACCUGCUAG